AUGCAGCCCGGCCAACCACCCGCUAGCGCAGUCUCUGACGAUCCAACCUCUUCGCUCACGUUAUCGCCUGUGAUGGAGACUCAGGAGGAAGACAGCGCCUUGGAAGAGCGUUUUGCUGACGCUCUGGAAGAACACAUUGAGGUCAAAGAAGAGAAAACAGAGGAAUCAAAGCGAGAUUCGAAGUUCGAGGAUGAUUUUGAAGAAAUUUCUCAGAUAGUUGAAAUUAAGGAACGGCCAGUGAUGCAAGACGUUAUUGUCAUUCCGGAAACCUCGCAAAACAGAGAGCAAACCACGGUUGAGCAUGAGAAUAAAACGGCAGGAACGCAGAUACAGCAGGAAGAUGAGAAUUUUAGCGACAACAAACGGGCGUACCCGGGUCAACCUGUUUUGAUUCUCUUGAUUACGGGAUUAUGUCUUUCCGUCUUGCUAGUUUCACUAGAUCGAACCAUCAUCACAACGGCAAUCCCAGCCAUUACCAACGAGUUUGGCUCAACGUCAGCUGUAGGAUGGUACGGUUCAUCUUACCUCGUUACGGCCUGUGCAUUACAGCCGACGUAUGGCCGGAUCUAUACACUAUUCGAUGUCAAAUGGACAUUUCUUCAUUCUGUCGCUGUCUUCGAAAUUGGGAGUCUUGUCUGCGCUGUGGCUCCGAACUCGACGACUCUGAUUAUUGGCCGGGCUAUUGCGGGUUGGGGGAGUGCGGGGAUCCUUACUGGGGCAUUUGUGGUGAUUGCUUUCGCUGUCCCGUUGCAUAAGCGUCCUAUCUACACAGCGGCCAUUGGGAUGAUGUAUGGAGCCGGAGCUGCUGCUGGCCCAGUUCUUGGAGGUGUAUUUACUGGUAUGGUUACAUGGCGUUGGUGUUUUUAUUUCAAUCUUCCAGUGGCUAGCGUGACGUUGAUUGUGGUCAUCUUCUUCUUCAAAAGUGUCACCGGCGUUCAGUCUCAACAGGGCUAUUUACAGCGAUUGACUCAGAUCGAUAUUCCUGGCAGUGCACUCAUUCUCAUUACAUUUACUAUGUUAUUUCUUGCUCUCGAAUACAAUACGACCGGCUACGCGUGGUCAAGCUCGUUGGUCAUUGGUCUCUUGUGUGGUUUCGGCGUCAUGCUCAUCAUCUUUCUCGCCUGGCAAUGGUACCGUCAGGACAAAGCUCUCAUUAUACCAAACAUUAUUCUCAGAAGAACGGUCGGCGCAGCGUGUUUGUUAGCGUUUUUCAUUUAUGCAGUCCUGAUCCUCCAUGGCUAUUUUCUCCCGAUAUGGUUUCAGGCUAUUCAAGGCACUUCGACAAUAAGCUCCGGAGUUGAUAUGCUGGCCUAUGUCCUCCCAAACUCCGUCUUCAGUUUGUUGACAGGUAUUUUUAUAACUCGAGUGGGCUACUUUGCACCUCCAGCUAUAAUCGGCUGCGCAAUUACCACGGCUGGUUCUGGAUUGAUAAGUACUCUGCAACCCACAACCAGCACUGCUACAUGGGCUGGUUUCGUAUGUCUCGUCGCUGCAGGCGUGGGGAUGGCAAUUCAGCAAAGUUUUACUGCAGUGCAGAGUGUGCUCCGGCUUGAGCAUAUCCCAAUCGCGACAGCUGCGGUCACAUGUUUCCAGAGUCUUGGAGGCGCCGUGUUUAUCUCCAUCGGCAAUAGCAUACUUGCCAACGAGCUUCGUCAGGCCAGUCAAGCCAAUGGGUUGCCUGGCAUUGACAUCGCGGCUAUUCUCUCAACUGGUGCUACGCAGUUCCGUUCUACUGUCCCAUCAGAUCAACUACCGGCUUUACUCAAUGUAUACAACGAUGCUCUCCAAAAAGUCUUUAUUGCGGCUAUCCCAAUGGCCGGGGUCGCGUUUAUCUCAACUUUACUUUUGGAAUGGCGGAGCGUCAAGUCACCGAAAGCCGAGACCCCGAUGGUCGAAGCUACAAAUUCCGAUGAGCCGCCUGUCUUGCCAGACGUCGAAGUUGAGACGCGGAUAUCGCCUGUUACGACAAGACUCGGCUUUGCAUCCAGAUCGAAUAGUAGCCAAGGUAGUCAUCGCUGA